UGACGGAGACGAGGGAGAACCUCGAGGGUUGGGUCAAGAAGGGUCGAUGAGCAUGUGAUGUAGGGUUGGUAGUAUAAAAGCUGGGGAUUGCACCUGUAUAGUAAUGUGGUAACUCGCUACACGCAGGCGCGGACUCGCUGCAAUGAGACUUGCAUUUUCUUUUGUCAUGCCACAGCCCUCUUCAAAAUAUCUAUUCUGCGAUCUAUGUCCAUCUCUUCUAUAGUCACCUCAUUUCAAGCUGCGUUUUCUCAUGACCUCGAUCAGAACGCGCCGUCGUUCCUGCUCCGUUUGUGCAAGGUCUAGUUUCACUCUCACUCGCAGGCCUUGGCGCUGCACUCACCUCAUAAACUUGCCUCUCCACACAACUGCUUCACCUCCACAACCUCUAACCAAACUCUACAUCUAUUGAAAGCAGCUCGCCAAACCAACAACCAUGGCGUGUCAAGACCAGGAGCAGCUCUCGAGAAUGACAGGCAUAGAGGUGCAAGAGCUGCGUGACUGGGAAAGGCGUGGCAUCAUAGCAUCAGACCAGACGCCUAAAGCUACCGAGACCGCUGGAGAGAAGGGUGCCGUACAUGGACACUACGAUAAGACGCACUCACCUGGACCGACGAGCAAAAAGGCUGUUGGCAUUCUCGCCAUGCCAGACGAGAUUCUGCUCAAUAUCGUUCUCAGCAUCGACAAGGAUACCACCAAUCUCCAACACUUCGCACUGACUCACCGGCGCUUCCGUAAUGUCGCGCAUGAGGCAUUAGUUCGAACCGGCAUAGUACCGCUGCGCAGUAUCCCCAAGUACUUCGUCCUGGUAUCUCAGAAUCCGGGAUGGGCACUACACAUAAAGCAUAUCGAGUUCAAAGACGGUAGCCAGCCCGUGAAGCACGUCAAGGCUAGACAAGCGACCAUCGACGCAGGCCUGAAGAUGAUCCGCGCUAUGGAUGCACGAUACGCUUCUAAGGACAUGGAGGAAGAAUUCUCCUCAUACACACAACCACCGCUGACGUGGACAUAUCUCCUCCUCGCCUCACUCCCAGACCUGAACUCUGUCUCCGUGACCCCAAACCGGUACCCUUUGCCGGUCUCCUACAGCGAACUACUAACCUCGCCCCUCAACGAUUCACCUCUCCUCGACCGUCUAUUAGACCUCUUCACCCCGCGCCUCAAUACCCUAGAAAUAAACACCGCGGACCCAUCCUACGGCCCCGACCAGUCGGCCACUAUCAGCCUCAAUCAUCUCUACUGCCUAACAUCUCUCACCCUUCCCGCAGUGUUAAUAAGUCACUCCGUCCUGCCCGCCAACAUCGAAACGCUCCGCAUCACCGCCGACGAUAUACCCGUUCCGUGGAGCUGGCUCCGCGCACUGCACUACAUGCGAUAUGAGGACGGCUGCUUCCCACAUCUGCACAAGUUGCAGCUGCUUUUCAGCCUGCCGUGCCGCUCACUCGCAUACUUUGUCGUGUACGGUGUGAAGACUUUGCGGCGGUGGGAAGACACCGAAGUGCUGGAGUUGCUGCAUGAGUGGGGAGAGGGCGAUGUAGUGUUUGAGACACUGUUUUUCAGGCGUGGGUUAGAGGGGCCGUCGGGAGUUGGGGAGGGGAAGUAUGAGAAGGCGUGCUUGGCGCAUGCAAUUCGGCGUGUGAGGGAGGAGACCGGGCGGGCGAUUGAUUUUGGGGUAUGAUCAGGGGCUAAUCAAUCGAGUUGGAUUUUCACAUUGUACGAUACCAAGCAAUUCAAUACAAUCCAAUCAGCCGAUGAAGGAUAUGGGUAUAAAAAUAUCUAAAGAAGAGAAAGACUCCAAAAUUCACAUUACCUCCUCCCAAAACUAAAAAAAAGUAAGAUCCGCCAAUUUUCAUGC